AUGUUUAAAUUACCUGCAAAAUUGGUAAAUAGAGUCUCAACUAUACCGAGUUUAUCUUCUUCAAUUUUAAAAUAUAAUAUUAGAACAAUGUCUUCAAUGAAAGAAUAUGAUUAUGUCGUUAUUGGUGGUGGUUCUGGUGGUACUGCAUCUGCCAGAAGAGCUGCCUCUUACGGUGCUAAGGUCUUAUUGAUCGAAGGUAGAGGUAAAUUAGGUGGUACUUGUGUUAAUGUAGGUUGUGUUCCAAAGAAGAUCAUGUGGUAUACUUCCGACUUGGCUGGUAAAAUACAACAUGGCCAUGGCUACAAUUUGUAUGAAGAAUUGCCAAUUGAUAAAGAACACUUAACCUUUAACUGGCCAGCUUUCAAGGAAAAGAGAGAUGCUUACGUUCAUCGUUUAAAUGGUAUCUAUGAAGCUAACUGUGCCAGAGAAAAUGUUGACGUAGCUUACGGUUGGGCUUCUUUUAACAAAGAUGGUUCAGUCUUAAUCAAGAAACUGGAUGGUACUGAAGAAUCUGUCAAGGGUAAACACACUUUAAUUGCUACUGGUGGUAUCCCACUAUUACCAAAGAACAUUCCUGGUUAUGAACAUGGUGUUUCUUCUGAUGGUUUCUUUGAAUUAGAACAACAACCAAAGAAGGUCGUAGUUGUUGGUGCAGGAUACAUUGGUGUUGAAUUGUCAGGUGUUUUCCAUGGUUUGGGCUCUGAAGUUCACUUAUGUAUUAGAGGUGAUACAGUCUUGAGAAAGUUCGAUUCUUGUAUUCAAGACACUAUUACUGAACACUACAUCAAGUCAGGUAUUAACGUUCAUAAGCAAAGCCAAGUUGCUAAAGUUGAAAAAAACGCUACUGGUAGUUUGACUGUCACUUUAAACAAUGGUACUGUCUUAAGCGAUGUUGAUACCUUGGUAUGGACUGUUGGUAGAAGAACUUUAGUUGAUUUGAACUUGGAUAACGUUGGUGUCAAAAUCAACAACAAGGACCAAAUUAUUGUCGAUGAAUAUCAAAAUACCGAUGCUCAAAACAUUUACUCUUUGGGUGAUGUUGUAGGCAAGGUCGAUUUGACUCCAGUCGCCAUUGCUGCCGGUAGAAAAUUGGCUAACAGAAUCUUUGGUCCAGAACAAUUCAAGAAUGAUAAAUUAUCUUAUGAAAAUGUCCCAAGUGUCGUAUUCUCUCACCCUACCAGUGGUUCCUGUGGUAUCACUGAAAAGGAAGCCAUUGAAAAGUAUGGUAAGGAAAAUAUCAAGAUCUAUCAAACUGGCUUCGGUGCUAUGUAUUACGGUGUCUUAGAUGAAUCCUUCAAGCAACCAACCAAAUACAAGCUUGUCUGCGCUGGUCCAGAAGAAAAGGUUGUUGGUUUGCAUAUUGUUGGUGACUCUUCAGAUGAAAUCUUGCAAGGUUUUGGUGUUGCCAUGAAGAUGGGUGCUACCAAGGCUGAUUUUGACAACUGUGUUGCCAUCCAUCCAACUUCAGCUGAAGAAUUGGUUACUUUAAGAUAA